AUGAACGCUUAUAAAGUUGCUACCUCGUUCGCGUCCGUCGUUCGUUUUCGCUUCACCUCACCAUCUUUGAUAAAAACUCAAAAUAAUUAUAUGUUACGGGUUCACUUUAGUUUAACUAAAACGCAAAAUAAAGCAACGUUUACUACAACAGUAGCUAGAGAAAAUCCAAAAAAGCCGGUUAGAGCAACAGGAAGUAGUCAUCAAAGAAUAUAUAAAGAAGCCGAGCCUUAUUAUUUAGAUACAUUUCAGACACCGAAAGAGUCAAAAAGGAAAACAUAUUCGCCAUUCGUUACAAGAAUAUUAGUUCGUCUCGGAAAAUUAUUAGGAUAUUAUGAUUUGCCAGUACAAGCUAUUCGUGUAACAAGAGAAAUGUACCAAAUGUGUGCAUUACGGUUAGAUGAAAAUAGAGAGUUUUUUAUUGAUACUUGCGGAUUACCAGAUAGCUUUCAAACAUGGUUUCAAAUAACCUUAUUACAUGUUUGGAUGUUGAUGGUUAGGUUUAGACCUGAAAAUGAUGGAAAAGUAUAUAUGCAGCAAUUAGUGAAUCAUUUAUUUGAUGAUGCAGAAUGGCGAAUGCGAGAGAUACAUGGUAUCACUUCAGGCAGUUUAAUAUCACACUAUAUGAAAGAUUAUCUUUCUCAAUUUCACGGUGCAGUUAUGGCGUAUGACGAAGGACUUUGUAAAGACGAUCCAGUAUUAGCAACCGCAUUAUGGAGAAAUGUAUUGGUUACAGAAGGGUCAGCACAUAAUAUGGCAUGUCUAGUUAAGUAUGUUAGACAAGAGCUUCAGGCUUUAGAUAAAAUACCAUUAGAAAAACUCGCACAAGGUCUUAUUCGGUUUUCUGCAAUGACAUAA